AUUUUCUCCACUUUCCAUAGACAUUUGUUUCCUCUCUCUUCUUAUAUCUGAUCGCUGUCUAAAUUUUUUGAGUCCAGCUUGUACUGUCACCCACUCAUCAUUUUCAACAAUUCCUCGGCUCCAACGUUAAUCUCGGCUGUCCUUUGCUCACACCCAUGUCUCCUUUGUCGCCUCUGCAGCUCUGUAAAUUACCAUGUUGGUAGCUUUGCGAGGCAAAACCAAAAAGAAAGCAGUACCCCAAAAUGUUCAGGUAAAUAACAACAUUUCUGAAACACUCUACGGAGAAAACAGGGCAAAGGGUCUCAUACCACAUGCCCUAAAUUGAAAUGAAUUAGAUACCAUUUUGUUUGGCCUCCCUCUGUUAUUUAUUUGUGUAUUUGAUCUUUGAAAAUAGAUAGUCUUAUUGGUUUUUCAAGAGUCAAAUCGAAGUUCAUGGCAGGAUGGUCGUCUUUAACACCUGGGUCUGUUUUAGAUUGUGUCGAAACUAAUGAUGCAUAUCAGAAAAAUGGUAGUUGCAUUGGUAGUGAUAUUGAUGUAAGAGAUGGUGUUGAAUGUGAUGAGGAUGAUGAUGAGGUUAGGCUAAGAUGUACAUUUGAUCAAGUUCUAUCUGUUUUUGUUAAGGAAAUUGGUGAUAGAGGUGUUGUUAGGCCCAUCCCUGCCGUGAUUGACGAUAGGCAGCCUGUGGAUUUGUUCAAAUUGUUCUGUUUGGUGAGAGAUAGAGGUGGGUAUGAUUGGGUUUCGAAGAACAGUUUGUGGUCUUUUGUGGCCAAAGAGUUGGGUUUGGAUGGUGGAGCAACGGCUUCUGUGAAAUUGAUUUACUUCAAGUAUUUGAAUGAGCUGGAGAAAUGGUUUAGGGAGAGUUGUAAAAGUAGGAGCUCCGGAAAUGGGCAGUCUGGCUUGUAUGGGGAGUUUCAGUUGUCUUCGGAGUUGGAGAGAGAGUUUAGAGAUUUGUUGUUGGAUGGGCCUGAGCAGAAGGGCAAAGGUGAUGGACCGGUUCAGUUUGAAUCUGAUGAAAAUGGGAAGAUUGAAUUUAAUCUUUCAGAUACCAAAGAUGCAUAUGGAAUGCAUGCUGGUGCCGACCAAUGCAAGGAUGAUGAUGAAGAAAAAGUUUGUAAUGAUGAUCAGAAUGGUGUUUUGAUAUCACUCGAUAGUCUCAAUAAAAAAGAAAAUGAUCGUAAAAGAAAGCGAGAAUCCUUAUCAGGAAUGCUGAAUUGGGUAGUUCAGAUUGCAAAGCAGCCAAAUGAUCCUUCAAUUGGAGUGAUACCAGGGCCAACUAAUUGGAGGGAGCAUAAGGGCGAUGAGUGCUGGUUCCAGGUAAUUAGAGCAAGGGAAGCAUUGCUGCUAAGAAGGAAUGUUGAUUCAAAGACUGAAGAAUCUCUCCUGCAGAAGAAACUAAAGACGCAUCCAUUGUUGUAUGAAGAUAAUGUUGUUGCUGGUCACCAGUCCUCAGAGAGGUUAAGAUGCAGUGAAAGGUUUCCUAAUUCUGUGAAAUCUCGCUCGUGCCCUUGUUGCAGUUCAUGUUCAGUCCCUCAGAGUAAUUUGAUAAGUCCUCGUAAAAAAGAGUUGGAUAACAAUUCUAAGGAGCAAGCACCUGAGGAAGUUGAUUUAUUGGCCACAAAUACAAUGGUUUGCCCAUCUGUGGAUGCUCCCCAUGAAAAGCACGUCUCUGUAGGCACUCUCUUUCAAGCUGAUGUGCCCGAAUGGACUGGCGUGGCUUCUGAAAGUGAUAUUAAGUGGCUAGGCACACGGGUAUGGCCCUUACAAUGUGAAGAAGACAGCUCCCUUCAUGAAGCAGAUCUCACUGGCAAAGGAAGACCAGAUUUGUGCGGCUGUCAACUUCCAGGUUCUGUUGUAUGUAUCAGAUUUCACAUUGCUGAGGCUAGGAUGAAACUGAAGAGAGAACUUGGUUCCUUGUUCUAUCGUUGGCGAUUUGAUCGUAUGGGUGAGGAAGUUUCUCUUCAGUGGACAGCUGAAGAAGAAAAGAGAUUCAAGGAUUUGGUAAAGUCAAAUUCUCCUUCCUUUUGGAAUAGAGCGUCCAGGUGGUUUCGUAAAAAAACAAGGGAAAACUUGUUGAAGUUUCAGCCAAUUUUGAGGCAUGUUCCCAGAAUCAGCAGUGCACUGAUUUGGAUUAGAUAAAAAAUGAUGUCUAGGAGUUAGACAAUUGUACUGGGGGCUUGAACCGCUGCGUUAACUUAUACAACUUUAAAUGGUGAUGCAAUUUUGAGGAGUGCACGCCGUGGUGGAAUCGGACCUGGUGGAGUUCAUGAUGAGGCCAGAAGGUAGAAGUUGUGGAAUGCGCUGACGAUUUCUGUUGGUACUCAACAAGGGUCUUCAGUUGUCAUUUUAGAGAACUAUACUACUGUUUUGGAUGGCUGAAUCGUGAAUAUUGUAUCUAAUACCAGGUUUUGUAACCUCUGGGAUACAAUCAUACAUCUUUAAGUAGAUAGGGAAACAUGAAAGAGGCACAUAGUUGUCGAGGUUUUCGUUUUGUUUUUCUUUAUAAAGUUGAGCAUAGGGGCACUAAAAUGCUGUGAUACUUUUAUUUUCAUAUUUCAGGAAAAAUGAGCAUAUGGGGACUAAAUUCUGUGAUACUUUUCUUUUUCAUAUUUCAGAUAUGUGAUUUUGUCUCUGCCA